UCUCUCUCCUCUUUUCUCCCAGCUGAUAAAAUUAAGCUUUGAGAAGGAAGACAAAAAUAUUGAAUUGAUUGUGUUGGCUAUUUUGUCGAUCUGAACAUUGAAUUUUCUUCGUGGAUUUUGGCAAUGAAUCAGUGACUACGAAAUUAUUACCCUGUUGUUGAAGGUUCUUUUAAUUUAAUUUGGCCAAUCCCAAGGGCUGGCAUUUUUGCUGAUUGACACGUUGGUUGGCAUGUUAUGUUCCUGUUCUAAUAGUAAUUAUCCGAAUAAAAUUACGAGUAGACAUUAUUGGAAAUAUCUGUUUGCUUGUAUGCAACUUCUUGCUAAAUGGGCUCCAAAGGAAGGCUGCUAUUUGAUCUUAAUGUACCCCCUGCUGAGAAUGACGAUGAUAAUGAUGAUAUUGUUUGCUUCCAGCCUCAGAGGGCUAUUCCUUCUUCAACUACUGCAACAACCGACUUGUUUACAGCAUCUUCUGGUCCCCAAGGGAUAGUAAAUAACCAUGCUUUCUCCCAUGAUUCAUCCGUGUCUGGUUUCCAGCCUUUUGUGAGGUCUAAAUUUGUCCAGGGAUCUGAUAUUUCUGCUGAAAAAAGGAGUUCUAGGGACACUCUCUCCGAUUUUGCCUCAUCUUCUAAACUGAGCAAUGGCCAGGAUAUAAAGGCUGCACCAAACCUGCAAUCAGGUUCUGUGAAAUCUGAAGUUAUAGAGAAGGAAGAAGGUGAAUGGUCUGAUGGAGAGGGAUCUGGUGAUGCUUGCAGAACAAGUAUUAUUCACGAAAACUCAAGUGUGACAAGUGAUAAACAGGUUUCGGGGAAAGGCAAGGUUGAUACGAUGGGAAGUAGUGUUAUGGUUGGAGAUGUGGAGACAAUAUCUUCUAACUCUCGUGAUGUUAAGAAUGAAAAUGAGACCCCUAUAUUAGGUUUGGAUCCAGAAGCAAAUGAUAAGAAAGAUGUGAGAACUAUUGAUGGUCCAGAAGAUUCUGCUCCACCCCCAAAACAAAGAGAAAUUAAAGGAGUUGAAGCAAAUCAUGCAUUAAAGUAUGGAAAUAAUCUUGGAAAGCGGUCGAGAUUUGACCAGCAGAAGGAAGCAAUGCUAGGAAAAAAGCGUAGCAGGCAGACCAUGUUUCUCAAUUUAGAAGAUGUUAAGCAAGUUGGUGUGUUAAAGUCUUCAACCCCUAGAAGGCAGAUUCCUGCACCGACUAUAACCCGGAAUAUGAUAGAAGCUCGUACCACUCUGCCAUCUGCUGAGCACGAAGAUAAGCAAAACCAGCCCGCGGUCAGGGAUACACAUCCAGCUGAUUUACCUAGCAACGGAAAAAAUAGUUUAGUGGAGUCAAAUGAAAAUAAACCUGAAAGUAUUGGUGACAGUAGUUCUGGGAUUAUUGGACCUCCUAGAAGUUUGAAUAGCUCGACAGAACUCUCUUCAGAAGUACAAACAGCACCUGUUCCUAGACAGAAUUCAUGGAAGCUUCCCCCUGAUACAAGGCAUCUUAAGAAUUCGCAGAACUCUGGUAGGAAAUCAGCUGUUAGCAGUCAGAACUCGGCUGAUCUUAAAUUUGGCGCAAAAAAAGUACCUUCCAAGAAGCAAUCUUUUACAAGCAAUCAAUAUCAAGAUUCAUCAGUGGAACGUCUUCUGCGUGAGGUGACAAACGAGAAGUUUUGGCAUCAUCCAGAGGAAGAGGAGCUCCAGCGCGUUCCUGGUCAAUUUGAUUCAGUAGAAGAGUAUAUCAGCGUAUUUGAGCCUUUGCUUUUUGAAGAAUGCCGAGCACAGCUAUAUAGUUCGUGGGAGGAAUCAUCAGAAACAGUUUCCGGUCAUGUUAGGGUAUCCAUAAAAAGCAUUGAAAAGCGUGAAAGGGGAUGGUUUGAUGUGAUACUAAUUCCGCCACAUGAAUACAAAUGGACCUUUAAGGAAGGAGAGGUUGCAGUUCUUUCAUCCCCUAGGCCCGGUGCAGUCAAUAUUAGGAGGAACAAUGCCGGGGCUAGGGAUGAUGAGGAGAAGGCAGAAGUUAAUGGUCGUGUUGCUGGAACAGUGAGGAGACAUAUACCUAUUGAUACCCGAGAAAAACAUAUUGGGGCAAUUCUUCACUUCUAUGUUGGGGAUUUAUAUGAUUCGAGCAGCAAGAUUAACGAGGAUCACAUUCUGCGGAAGCUCCAUCCAGGGGACGUUUGGUACCUUACUCAGCUUGGUUCUCUGGCAACCACACAGCGUGAAUAUGUUGCUCUGCAUGCAUUCCGUCGUCUUAAUUUGCAGAUGCAAAAUGCGAUUCUUCAGCCUAGUCCUGACCAGUUCCCAAAAUAUGAAGAACAGCCACCUGCAAUGCCUGAUUGCUUCACUCCAAAUUUUGUUGAAUAUCUGCACAAGACUUUUAACGGACCCCAGCUAGCAGCGAUUCAAUGGGCCGCAACUCAUACUGCUGCUGGUACAUCGAAUGGCGUGGCAAAAAAGCAAGAUCCAUGGCCUUUUACUUUAGUUCAGGGCCCCCCUGGCACUGGUAAAACACAUACAGUAUCGGGAAUGCUUAAUGUGAUCCAUCUUGUCCAGUAUCAGCACUAUUACACUGCAUUGCUAAAGAAAGUUGCACCCGAAAGCUAUAAGCAGGUUAAUGAGAGCAGCUCAGAUAAUGUGGCUGUUGGAUCUAUUGAUGAAGUUCUCCAGAGCAUGGAUCACAAUCUCUUUCGAACUCUUCCAAAACUUUGCCCAAAACCUAGGAUGCUUGUCUGUGCUCCCUCAAAUGCCGCAACUGAUGAACUGCUUUCACGUGUCUUAGAUCGUGGAUUUGUUGAUGGUGAAAUGAAAGUUUAUCGACCUGAUGUCGCUCGGGUUGGAGUGGAUUCGCAGACUCGAGCUGCACAGGCAGUUUCUGUGGAAAGAAGAACUGAACUACUUCUGAUGAAGAGCCGUGAUGAAGUUCAUGGAUGGAUGCACAAUUUAAGGAUCCGAGAAAAUCAGUUAUCUCAUGAAAUUGCUCAUUACCAGAGAGAGCUCACAGUCACUGCUGCCAGUGUUCGUGCACAAGGAUCUGUUGGUGUUGAUCCAGAUGUUCUUAUGGCCAGAGACCAAACACGGGACGGUUUACUUCAAAAACUUGCAGCUGCAGUUGAGAACAAAGACAAAACAUUAGUGGAGAUGUCUCGACUUUUCAUUUUGGAAGGCAGAUUUCGUGGUGGUGGCAAUUUUAAUUUGGAGGAAGCCCGUGCAGAUCUUGAGGCUAGUUUUGCCAAUGAAGCUGAAAUUGUUUUCACUACAGUCUCAAGCAGUGGGCGGAAAUUGUUUUCUCGUCUAACGCACGGCUUUGACAUGGUUGUGAUUGAUGAAGCGGCACAGGCUAGUGAAGUAGCAGUGCUGCCUCCACUUUCUCUCGGUGCUGCUCGCUGUGUUCUUGUGGGAGAUCCUCAGCAACUUCCUGCUACUGUCAUCAGUAAGGCAGCUGGAACAUUGUUGUACAGUCGAAGCCUUUUCGAGAGGUUCCAACAAGCUGGCUGCCCAACUAUGCUUUUAUCCGUGCAGUAUAGAAUGCAUCCCCAUAUUAGGGAUUUUCCUUCGAGGUACUUUUACCAAGGACGCCUUACUGAUAGUGAGAGUGUUUCUAAUCUUCCAGAUGAGAUUUAUUAUAAAGAUCCUUUACUGAGGCCGUACGUCUUUUUCGAUGUUACUUACGGUCGAGAAUCUCAUCGUGGAGGGUCUGUUUCUUAUCAGAAUACACAGGAAGCGCAGUUUUGUGUUCGUGUGUAUGAACAUCUUCAGAAAACAUUGAAAUCAUUAGGGGUUGGGAAAGUGUCUGUUGGCAUCAUCACUCCGUAUAAGCUGCAAUUGAAAUGUCUCCAACGGGAGUUCAAGGAUAUAUUGAAUUCAGAUGAAGGAAAAGACAUUUAUAUUAAUACAGUGGAUGCUUUCCAAGGCCAAGAACGUGAUGUCAUUAUUAUGUCAUGUGUUCGUGCAUCCAGUCAUGGGGUUGGGUUUGUUUCAGACAUCCGCCGAAUGAAUGUUGCUCUUACUCGAGCAAAAAGAGCACUCUGGGUUAUGGGAAAUGCGAAUGCUCUGAUGCAAUCUGAGGAUUGGGCUGCGUUGAUUAAUGAUGCCAAAGCCCGGAACUGUUACUCAGACAUGGAUUCUCUGCCUAAAGACUUUAUACCUGAAUCAUCGACAUAUGGCACAUUUUCUUCGAAGAAUUCUAGUGCGAGGGGCUUGAGAUCUGGACCAAGAUAUAAUAGGUCACAUGAUUCACACUUUGAGUCCAGGUCUAGGUCUGGAACACCGUCAGAAGACGAUGAGAAGUCAAAUUUGUCUACACUUCCUAGGAAUGGAAAUCAUCGGGUUUUAAGACAAGGAGCAGAAAGUUCAUUGAAUGGUUUUGAUCAACCUAGUGAUAAAUCUCGAGAUACCUGGCAAAACGGCAUUCCGAAGAAGCAAAAUGUUGCUGGUGGUUUUGUAAAGCGAGACCUGUAGCAUCAGGUUUACUGUGAUGGAAUAUGGUUGUGGUCUUAAAAGCGAUUCGAGCACGAUCCCAUGCUUCACCUCGUGAUUUGGUCGGUGGAUAUUACCAGGGGCGUUCUAGUCAGCCCGGGAGCUGAAAGUACGAUCACGUGUACCAACUGUGUUGCACUUUGAAGAAGAUGGGUUUAUGAAGUUUCGAUUUGAUGAGAAGAUCAAGAUUUGUCACGUUUUGAUCCAUGCCUUGGUGGGGUUUUCGUAAAUCCAGUGAAUUGUUCGGUUAGAUUCUACGAUCAUGGGAUUUCUGAUGCAGUGAUGGGGCAUGACUUGUUGGAUAUGAUGAAAGUCGGAGUUUGCUUGUGUUAGAAAGUCAUUUGAGCCGGUGGAACGAUAUAUAUACUCUUAGCGCGCAAGUUACAAAUAUCUUGGCCGAAAAAUGUUGGGAAUCAGUUUCUCGGAUUGUGGUGGGUGGCUGAUAGUUUUACUCUUAACUGGAAAUUCGUAAUCUGGUUGAAGAAUGUGAACCAGAUGAGUUGAUGAACAGUGGGCGAGGCGUAGAAUGUAGGAACACAUAGGAAUUCGUUUUUUUUUUUACAGAUAAAUAUAAUUUCUUUAUAUGCCUUGAUUAGUGCUCCGAAGUUGUACAUUUUUAGAAGAUAAAUUUCGACGCAAACUUCUUACGGUAUUCAAUCACUUUUCACCAUGUUAUUUAUUGCCUUGUGCUACUACUUAUACGGCGGCUGUAGGGGAAUAUGUUUAUGUGGUUGUUUUUUAAAUACAGGUUGACUGGUUGUAACACAUCCAUUGGAUUCAUCGACAGUCAUUCUUCGGAGAGGUUUGCGACCUGUAAAAAGAAUGUUACGUCGAAA